UGCAUGGGGCGGGCUGCGUACAUGUUGCUCCACCCCGCUGUGAGCACGGUUGUUAGUGAACACGGAACUGCUGUUUCUGCUGCUGCGCUCCAUCUCUGCAGACACAAGAGGGGAAGACGAUACGCUGAAGACAUUAGCAUUUUGGACUGACUGACGUUUGUUGUCAUUAACGAUGUUCCGCUUGCGGGCAUUGUCCGCAGUUUCGGUGGGGCUAACGCAGUUGACCCGGCGCUAUCACAGUGGGGCAGUGCGAGUGUCUGGCCGGAGGAGGCUGAUGCUGGCAGCCCUGGCUGGGGUAACUGGUGUGUCUGCUAGUACUGGGCUGCUCUGGAAAAGAGCAUAUGCAGAGGCGGGGCCUUCCGUUCGACACGCUGAGCAACCUGGCGGAGAUGGGUUGGACUUCGUAAAGGAUACCGAUUCUGAGACGGAGUCAGAGAAAUCGGUGGAGGCCAGCAGUGGAGACAAAGAAGCAAUUGAAGGUGGAGAGGGGAAAAAAAAGAAGCCACGCUCUGGAUUCCGUGACCGCAAGGUGAUGGAGUAUGAGAACAGGAUAAGAGCUUACUCAACCCCAGACAAGAUUUUUCGCUACUUUGCCACGCUGAAGGUCAUCGGCGAGCACGGAGACGCCGAGGUUUACAUGACGCCCCAGGACUUCAUACGCUCCAUCACACCCAACGAGAAGCAGCCUGAGAGUCUAGGCCUGGAUCAGUUUGUUGUGAAGCGCUUUGAUGGAAAGGACUUCUGGCAGACGGAGAAGAUCGCCCAGGAGAGGGAGAAGUUUGCAGAUGAGGACAGCAUAUUUUUCACAUUGGGAGAAUGUGGCCUCAUCUCCUUCUCCGACUACAUCUUCCUCACCACGGUGCUGUCCACUCCCCAGAGGAACUUUGAGAUUGCUUUCAAGAUGUUUGAUCUGAACGGCGAUGGAGAGGUGGAUCUGGAGGAGUUUGAACAGGUCCAGAGCAUCAUCCGCUCUCAGACCAGUAUGGGCAUGCGACACCGCGACCGCUCCACCACAGGAAACACUCUGAAGACAGCCGGCUGCAGCUCUGCUCUCACCACGUACUUCUUUGGAGAAGACCUGAAGGGAAAACUCACCAUCGGCAGCUUUCUGGAGUUUCAGAGGAAACUGCAGCAUGAUGUGCUCAAACUAGAGUUCGAGAGGAAUGAUCCUGUGAACGGCAGAAUCAGCGAGAGACAGUUUGGGGGUAUGCUGCUGGCCUACAGUGGCGUCCAGUCUCGUAAACUCAAGCAGAUGCAGAAGGGCUUGAAGAAGAUGUUUAAGGAUGCACAGGGGAUCACGUUUGAGGAGGUGGAGAAUUUCUUUACUUUCCUAAAGAACGUGAACGAUGUGGACACAGCCCUGAGUUUCUACCACAUGGCUGGAGCCUCCAUAGAUAAAGUUACCAUGAAGCAGGUGGCCCGCACCGUGGCCAAAGUGGAGCUGUCGGACCACGUGUGUGAUGUGGUGUUCGCUCUGUUCGACUGCGACGGGAACGGCGAGCUGAGUAAUAGGGAGUUCAUAGCCAUUAUGAAGCAGCGGCUAAUGCGUGGGCUGGAGAAACCCAAGGACAUGGGCUUCACUCGGCUGGUGCGCGCCAUGUGUAAGUGUGCCCAGGAUACCGCCUGGGACUUUGCCACACCAAAGACAUAGAGAGACGAGAGGCAACGUGGGAGAGGAUGACGACGUGUGAAUAAAGCAACAACACCAGUAGCAUCAAAGACCAAACUGGUCUAGACAAUUCCAACAGACAAUUAAUGCAAUGAACUCAUUAGGACUGCAGCUCUGAGGGGCAUCAUCAACCAUUAACGCAUGUCGCUGUAGUUCAAACUAUCAAUAUAGUGACUGAAGCAUGCUGCAGCGCACCGUGUCCUGAAAGGCUUCUGUCUCAUGCCUGUCCAAGGCAUCAUGGAUAUUUGUAUAUUUUAAAAUAUACAAGGUUUGUAAGUUGUUUUUUUUGCCACAUUCUAUAUAGAUGAAUGCCUUGUCAGCAGGUAACUGUGUGACCCUUAGUCGAACGCUAAAAACAACACUUUUAUAUCUGCAAUUAUAUCUUAUUAUUUGACCUUCAGCGGUAUAAAUGCCGCAGUAUGUCUGUUCUAUACCGACAACAGACCCUUAGUUAUUUCUUUGGCAGGGCAGAAAGCAGACGGCUGUGAUCUUGUUAGCGCCUUUUCUUUCAGUCUGCCAGCUCCAGCUGCUGCAUCCCUAUUUUGUCCCUUAAAAGAUCAUUGUUGCUCAUCCUGCCCUACAAUGUACUGUUCAAAGUCUGUAUUCUUCUAAUUAUUUCCCACUGAAACACUUUAUAUAAGAUGGAUGUUAAAAGAAAUGCUCUAUUAAAGAUGUUUUUAAUAAUGUAAAA